UCGCAAAUAGCCGGUUCCGGUUCGAAUCUGCGAUUCUACUCAUGGAGAAGAUGCAAGCUAGAAGUAUUUCCGACGGCAGCAGGAUCAAACGCCCGAAUCCAGGGAAGAUGUUUUUCUUUAUAUUCAAGCAGAAGGUUAGGUCUCUAGUUUUCGGAAAAGACAAGGUCAUUGGACGCCCAAAGAAGAUGGUCAGGAUAUGUAUCCGUGACGAGUAUGGCACAAGAACAUUGGCUAAACCCCGAGUCAUACUUAAAUCAACAACACUGUGGCACGAAAAAGAGCUUCGUAGUGAGAGGUGGAGGCUUUCAUGGAUGAUUCACGUGUCUGAAGUCACUUCAUCGGUGGCUUAUAGCGAAAAUUUUGGAACCAUCAAAAGACUAUCUUGUACGGUAAACAAUGCACUUAAUAAGUACAGAGAGAGCCGUUUGCAGGCGGGGUUGUUUUAUUUGGUCCCAGAAAAGGAACAUAUGACGUUCAGAGUUAGCAGCUAUCUUUAUGGUGACAAGAACAGUAAUUUCUUGAAAGACCUGUCAAGAAAGAAGACACUGGAGCGUGAGAUGAAAGAGACUACACAUGAGACCAGUGCUCCGGGGCCUGAUCUAUCCGACAUAAAUCGUGUCUCAAUUGUUGAUGGGACUUUGAGAUUGUGUGACAUGAGAACAGGCAGCGCGACCUCAGCCAUGGGCAAGGGAUGGCCGUACAAGAAGCCGAAGAGCGACCACUAUGCCGAGUCGUCGACAGCGGUGGCCAAAAAUAAGAAGAAGCGGCGCAUCUGCGUCCCCAUCACCGUCGGCUUGGCCCGACCCAUGUACCGUGAGCGCAUGGCAUGCGCUCCUGGGUGA